AUGCAGGUUGGCAAAUUCGUCCCCAUUGUGGGCGCGUUCGUUGCUGCAGUUUCUGCAAUUCCUGGCCCGACAGUUCACAAUAAGAGAGGUGGCCCUAAGCUUCAGGUCUUGCCUCGACAAUUACCAGCAGAGCCGACCGGUGUCCAGACGAUCAUCACGCCGAAUGGAGUGAACAUCACCUAUAAGGAACCCGGUAAAGAAGGGGUGUGCGAGACCACUCCAGGCGUCAACUCGUAUGCAGGCUUCGUCAAUCUUGCGGAGGAUAUUCAUAGUUUCUUCUGGUUCUUUGAGUCUAGACAUGACCCGGCCAAUGAUCCGAUUACCUUGUGGCUCAACGGAGGACCUGGAAGUGACUCGAUGAUUGGCAUGUUCCAAGAGCUCGGCCCGUGCAAUGUCACCGAAGAUCUUGUGACUCAGUUGAAUCCCUAUGCCUGGAAUGAAGCCUCGAACAUGAUCUUCUUGAGUCAGCCCUUGGGCGUGGGAUUUUCGUACGGUUCCAAGGAACCCGGGUCUUUGGACGAAUUUCUUGGAAACUUCGUACCGGCUUCUGAGGCCGAAGUGACCGGAAGAUAUCCGGUGAUCAAUGCGUCUGCGAUUGAUACCACCGACCUCGCCGCAGUCGCUGCUUGGGAAGUUCUUCAAGGAUUCUAUUCUGCUCUCCCACAACUGGACUCAAAGGUCCAAUCGACACAAUUCAACCUGUGGACUGAAUCUUAUGGAGGACACUAUGGCCCGGCCUUCUUCCACUAUUUCUACGAACAGAAUAUGAUGAUCCAGAAUGGCACCACGACCGGCAAAUCGUUCGAUUUUGUCAACCUAGGAAUCAUCAACGGCAUCAUCGACGAAUACAUCCAAGCACCCUAUUACCCCAUCUUCACGCAGAAAAAUACCUAUGGCAUUCAGCUCGUCAACGAGACCGUAUAUGACUACAUGAACUUCGCCUGUUUCAUGGGAUAUGGAUGCUUGGAUCAGAUCCAAUACUGUGCCCUCUCUGAUACCUCAACCCUGAGCGGUCAAGCCGUCUGUACCGAGGCAGCGAACAUGUGCCGCGACAACGUCGAAGGCCCCUACUACGUCUUCGGAGAUCGAGGAGUCUAUGACAUUCGCCACCCCUACGAUGACCCUACUCCUCCAGAUUACUUCGUCGAUUUCCUCAACCUGGCAUCCACCCAGGAAGCUCUUGGCGUGGAUACCAAUUACACGCAAACGGCAAACAGCGAAGUCUACUACGCGUUCCAGCAGACCGGCGAUUUCGUGUAUCUGAAUUUCCUCUCCGACCUCGAGUCGAUCCUCAACUCUUCUGUGCGCGUGACAUUGGUAUACGGCGACGCAGAUUACAUCUGCAAUUGGCUCGGCGGAGAAGCGGUGUCCAAGGCGGCACAAUGGGCAUAUACGGACGAAUUCAACGCCGCAGGAUACACUCCAUUCCUCGUCGAUGGCGUCGAGUACGGUGAGACGCGCGAAUACGGCAACUUCUCCUUCACUCGUAUCUACGAGGCUGGCCACGAAGUGCCGUACUACCAACCCAUUGCGUCGCUAGCUUACUUCGAGCGCGCUAUCAGUGGAUUAGACAUCGCGACCGGCACUUUCAAGGUCGAUGGAACAAAUGGCGGGACGACAGGUGAGGCGGAGGCGACGCAUACUGAGCCAUUUGUGCCGCUGCCAAGUUCCACCUCCUCGGAGGCGGCGACAGGUACUGCGCUGGCGAAGCAUGAUCCUAUUAUACCAAUCAGGGGCCGACGGUGGGAGUCUUGA